GGCACCGCUGGGUUUUGUUUACCUAGCAACAGGCGGACAGUAGUGUAGCCAGAAUGUCAGCGAAAAUAUCGAAUCUGCAGAUAAAACAACGAUCAUGACGGUAGAUUUAAACGGGUAAAAUGAAGUUUUAGUUUGCUUUUUCUGGUAGGUCUUGACUGUGAGCCGGAGAGACGACACAGCUGACGGGGUCGAGACUUUAUUAGUGUAAGGAUGUCUCUGCAGGAGUGCCCUGGUCCCUCCGACCAGGAGGGGCUUUUCUACUCGCAGAGCAGAGCUGCUUACCUGGCUGUGUUCAGGUCCAGUUUAACCAACAUCACCUCCAAACAGCAGUUAUGUCGCGUUCUCCAGCAGGCUGGCAGAAAUCCAUCCUAUGCUACUCUCAAUAAAUAUUGGACUCCUAAAACAUCUAAACUGAACUUUGAUGACUUCUGUGAGAUUCUUAAGUCUGAGAGGAAAACUGAGGAAGAUGAGCUGAUGAGAGCUUUCAAAAAGAUGGAUGUGAACGGGGAUGGUUACAUUACACACAGCGUGCUGGAGAAGGCUCUAUCUACUAGUGGAGAGAAAAUGACAGCGGAGGAGGUGAAUGCUAUCUUCUCAUUGGCUGACAUCAACAAGGAUGGCAAACUGGACUAUGCAGAGUUUUGCAGGUUGUUUGUGAAUACGGUGGAGCAGUGUCUGCAGGCUGCUCUGGAGAAGCUUGAGGCUGACGACAGGCUGAAGAGACAGAACUUUGGCAGUCAGUCGUACAGCUCUCCUAAGAGCUUGGCGCUUCAAGCGUCCGCAGCCGCGCCGCCACAAGUGGCAGCAGCUCACCGGCCAGAGUCUGACUCCACACUUAAAAAAGACAGCCGAUCCUCUUCCCGUCCUCCCUCUGCUCGCAGCAGGCGGUCGUCCCUGUCAAACUCUGUCACAAUGACAUCCAGCAGCUCUAAGACCAACAAAAUGCUGGAGCCACCAGGUCUACGGGAGUGGCAUCACUGCUAUAUGAAAGGCUGUCUCUUUGUAGAGGAGGACGGGAGUAUCAGCUCUCUGCAGUACCAGCUCCACGUUCCCCAGACCACCGCCGUCUACCUCACCAUCCAACCACUGAGUCUCAGGCCGGACAAGUCUUCCUCAUGGAUGACGGUGGACACGGCUCUUUUUGUCAUGUCAGCUGGUGAAACCAAAGAGGACACAACUUUAGUGUGUUUCACUGAAUCUAAAGACAAGGAGAAGUAUGUUUGGAAGGGAGAACUCAAUGCUGGGACGUACCACUUGCUUCCCUUCACCAGUGGCUGCAGAUUAAAGAAACAAGGCAAAAAGAGCCCGUUAAGUAAACCGAUAGAACUGGUCUACAGGACGGACACUGCAGAACUAGACCUCACCACGGACCUAAGGGAGGUGCUAUCUGACAUAUUUGAGAUGAUAGACCUGGAUGGAAAUGGUUUGCUCAGCCUGGAAGAAUACAACUUCUUCGAACUGAGAACCAGUGGAGAGAAGUGUGACAAGGAUGCCUGGGCUGUCUGCAAAGAAAACUUUGACAUGAGAAAGAACCAGCUUACACGACAGGGUUUUAUGGAGCUGAAUCUGAUGGAGGCCACGGAGAAAGAUGGAGACCCUGCAGACCUGUGGGUAACACUGGAAUCCAUGGGCUACAACCGCAUGCUGGAGCUAUCGGAGGCGUGUCCAUUUCAGAUAGAUGUGUACGGUGAAGGAUCUCAGCUGUCCAUGCAGCCAGUCAAUUUGGACUCGGGACCCAAGCUUCUAAACCAGGCCCUCCAGAAGUCCAUCAUAGCAAAUAGAGGAGCCAAGGCGCUGAGGGGGCAGGACAAUGUCUUCAUCUACACAUACAAAGGAGAGCACAGGAUUUCAUCCCUCAUAGCCAACAAGACCAAUCAGAAAGUGACUGUUCAUGUAAACAAUGAGCAAAGCAGGAACUGCAGCAGCAGCAGAGGCAUGACCAUGUUCGCUGUAGAAGUGCCGGCCAGGACUAAGAUGGUGUGUCAACAUGUGCUACCCAUUACUGAGAAACAGGACUGGAUUUAUAACUGUGUGGAGAGCAUACUUCCCCCCAUCUAGAACUCUACCUGCAAACAACAGUUGUAUGUUCUACGAAGCGCUUUAAAGCCGACUCCUCCCACUGAGCCUCGCCCCACCUGAACGACUUCAUCAGGUCCUUCUGCAGAAUCUCUAUAACCUGUUACAACCACACAAUAUGCUGUUAAUAAAGGAUACACCUACUGUUCUCAAACAGUUUUAUAUAUCCUCAAUUACUGCGUUUUACUGUAUUUACUGAUUUGUUUUUUGUUGAAUGCGUCUUUGGCGCUGAAUGUUUGAUGGUUUAAACACCUGUAUGACACAGAUGUUCAAACGAUAGUUUAAUCCUAUUUUUGUGUCGCAAUGCAAACUUUCUAUAUGCCCAAAUCUUUAUACUCUUUAUUCUAACAUUUAAUUUUCAUUUAAUGGAUAUAACAUAUUUCAACCAAUAAUGAUAAUCACAGACUUUCCUAGAUUAACAACUGUUUACAAUUUUAGCUGCAAUUUAAUCAAGCAACAUCUUGUUUCCGUAGAAAAUCACGUGGAAUGUCUCCUAAAUGUGUUUCAUGUUUAUCAUUAGGUUUACAGCAUUUGAUCACUUUUACACAGAUUGUAUCCAGUUGCAGAAAGGAGAACAAGAUUUGUAGAUACACAAGAAGUAAUCAAGAUGAUAAA